GACCAAUCGGACGUCGUUUCCUGGAGACGCUCGUAUCCUCCCUCUGUCUAAGCUGACAGCCAAUAAGAACGGAGAUGGGCGCGGGUGGUGUGGUCGUUAGAGAGGGCGGGACUAGCCUGUUUACAUGAGCCAAUGAGUGCGGAGGUGGGCGUGGCCGGUGUAUCCGCUGGAGAGGGCGGUGUCUGCCUGUCUCCAGUCUCCACCGAGCCGAGGAGAGCGGCUUGUAGCCGGGGACAUGCUGGGGAUCGGAACGGGAGGGGCGCUGAAGUCCCCCAAACAGCCGUCAUUUGUGUCUUACCUGACGCCGGAGGAGAUAGACGCCAAAGAAAAGGAGCAGGCAGAGAAGGUGGAUGAUGUCCUGCUGUUACCAGGUGAGACACUGCUCUGCGAAGCCAGCAAUGUGUUUAAGUGCACACAGGACGAAGGUUCCCAGCGCGGGGUGUGCGGCAGACUCAUCUGUACAAACUUCAAGAUCGCCUUUCUCUGCGACGAGGUGCCAGACGAUAAUACUCCAGAAUUUAAGAACAAGAUUCUGGGUGAGAAUGACAUCACCCUGCAGUGUGUGGACCAGUUAUAUGGAGUGUUUGAUGAUAAAAAGAAAGUUCUCAUCUCUUUGACGGCUCUGAAGAAAGUCCCAAAGAAACUGAUCAUCUACUGCAAGGACUUCAGAGUGUUUAACUUCUGCCUCAGUUACAGCAAAGAGGAGGAAGUGAAAAGGAUUGUCAGUGGGAUAAUCCAUCACACCCUCAGUCCUAAACUUCUGAAACGUCUCUUCCUGUUUUCGUAUACAUCAGCCGCCCCAUGUUACAUAGCGACGUUGGCUAAGGACCAAACCAUGAUGUUUGACAAGCACAAUGAUUGGCGGCUGGAGUUGGACCGCACAAAGGGAAACUUGUGUUAUAAAGUAUUGUCCCUCAAUGAAGCAUACAAGGUGUCUGAGAGGUUACCUCCAUACUUUGUUGUACCCCUAUCACUGCCGGAGGAGUGUGUGUAUAAGUUCCAGGGGAGAGGAAUUCCUAUUUGGUGCUGGUCCACUCAGAAUGGAUUGGCUCUGGUUAAGAUGGCCUCCCUCCCGAAGGAAGUGGACGAUUUCGCCAUGCAGGAGCAGAGGAUGUUCCUGGACAGUGUAGAGAAGACUCUCCACAGACCUCCCUACGAGGAAGUAAGGAUUGAGGAUUUAUCGGUUAGUCUCCCCUCCCUCUCAGAAAUCCAGAUGUCCUAUACCCGAUUUAAACAGCUGUUCCUAAUCGACAACGCGACGGACUUCUGGGACACGGACUCCAAGUGGUUUUCAUUAUUGGAAAGCUGCAAUUGGCUUGAAAUAAUAAGGCAGUGCCUCAAGAAAGCAAUUGAAGUCAUUGACUAUUUGGAAAGUCAAAGAAUCAACGUUGUCCUUAAAGAAGACACGGCGUCCGAUUUCUGCUGUCUGAUUGCCAGUCUUGUGCAGAUCAUGAUGGAUCCACACUUCCGCACCCGGCACGGCUUCCAGAGCCUCAUCCAGAAGGAGUGGGUGAUGGGAGGGCAUGCUUUUCUGGACAGAUGCAACCAUCUCAGGAAAAAUGACAAUGAGGCUCCUGUCUUCUUGCUCUUCCUGGAUUGUGUGUGGCAAUUGGUACAGCAGUACCCACUAGCUUUCGAGUUCUCCGAGACCUACCUGACUGUUCUCUCGGAUAGCAUCAACAUACCCAUCUUCAGCACAUUCUUCUUCAAUUCACCAUGCCAAAGAGAUGCGCACAAGUGGGCCGAGGACGGGCUGGGUAAACAAAGAGGACCUUUGAGUUUUUACACAGUCUGGGAUUGGUCGGUGCAGUUUGAAUUGAAAGCUCUGUCGUUCUUAAACAACCCUCUCUACGUAGGGAAGUCCAAGCUGGAGAAAAGCCGGAAAGCGCCACGCUCUAAGCAUCAGAGGCAAUUAUCUCUGCCGCUUACCCAAUCAAAAACUUCCAAUAAAAGAGGAUUCUUCAAGGAAGAAACCGGACCAUUCAUAAAAAGCCUCUUGGGCAAAAGGAUCAGCAAACUAAUAAAUUCCUCAGAUGAAGUGCCAAGUAACUACCGGGUCUUCUACGAGAAUUGGCACCGGAAACCAGUGGACUUUCAUGGUUUAAUCCUGCCACACAUAGAGGGACCUGAUAUCUGCCCCUGGGCCCAGCGGCACCUGCGUUGGAUUCCCGAAGCGCAGGUUAUGGGCGGUGGCAACGUGGCUGCUAUGCAGAGAAUUUUGGAGCUUAUGGAUGAAAUUCAGAGUCUAAAGAAGAAGGUUAAAGAGCGGCCCAACUCCAACCAUACGCUCGCUAAGGAAAACGACGUGGAAACCAGGCGCAAGAAGUCCGUCCGUCGCUCAUCACUGUAUCCAUUUGCCCUGCUCCAUAUAAGCUCCUUUAGACCCUCCAUAUCUACCACCACGUGGCGGAGUUGGGAAGCUGGGGAUGAACUUGUGAACAGGGAUGAUGAGUACUUUGACUUGGGCAGCAUAUGAUUCAUGCGGAACAUCUCAUGUCAUAUACUGUUAGUUGCCGGGCAGCUGUCUAUAUUCUGCUUACCAAAUGUAUAAUUUAUUUCUAAGGGUUUUUAUGUUAUUGGCCACCCAUAUUCCAAACAAUUAUUCAUGUAUUGAGUCAUCUAGACAAUCUAUAGGUUAAGAACUCUUGUUUACAGACCACGUCAAUUAUGAACGGUUCACAGGGAACAACCUACAAGUCUGUCUUGUAGAAAAGCGCAAAAGAAAUUGCGACCAAUCCUCGACCAGAAAUAAAACACAGAAUGUUCUGUAGAUUAAUAAUCCUGGUGUCUGCAAACCAGAAGCUGUGUACCCAAGUGUCAUGGGUUCGAAGAUAUUCCAUUCAUAGAUUAUUUCUUCCAUUGUUCUAGUUUACUGUAAAGUCAUAGACUUGGGAUUAUUCUCGUGACAAAUAUUCUUAGUCAUUCCCAUAUCACUUUUACACGGGCUAUCACAAGAGUAGUCCCUAUAGUCCUAGUUUUUUCCAGCUGAGUCCCAUAUUUUUAGCACAGGAUAUCUCACACUUGGGAGGCCUUUGUCCUAGAUUAGCGACGUAUACCCCUUUUCCACCUACUGAGCACAGGUUGCAGCCGGGAGCCUGACACGGGUGCUACCCAGCUGCGGCCCGUGAUCAGCCCCCUUUCCCACUGCGCUCACCAAACCGGCAUAUUGCCAGGUUGGUGACGCAGCAGGGGCGGCGCUGGGAGAUCACAUGAUCUCCCUGCGCCGCCCUUCCAUACAGUGUAAACGGGAGCCGUGUCACAUCGACAUGGCUUCUGUUUAUACUACAACCCUACCCGGAUCAUUCCUGUGUCCUACCCAGGUAGUUACCAGGGUAGGAUUCACAGGUCACUUGAUCCGGGUUUUUGCGGGGGGACCCUUUUCCACUUGUUUUUUGAGCUAGUGGAAAAGGGGUAUAAAUAACCAGUGGCAGCCUAAGGGUGCAUUCUAUCCGACUACAGCUAUAACACACAUAAAAGGAGGGAUCAUUGUUCCCUAUGACGUUAGGGGUCAUCACUAGGAAACGGAGCACAAAUCAACAUUGGUGCAAAAAUUCUCAUGACAUUUGGCUUUUAAGUCAAUUUGAUGGACUGCCUAAAUCUCGUUCUUUAAACUUUUUGAAAAAAUGCAAAGGAAUCUUUUUACUCCUUACAACCCGUUUCCUGCUGGCGUAGUCACCGGAAUUGUGCCGAGUUUACUCCUGGCAGCCACGCAGAGCCAAAUUGUAUUAUUGUAUAGAGGUUCAAUAUAUUGACUUGGACGUAAAUUGAAAUGUUUAACUGUUUUUCGUUCUUUCAGGUUAAUUAAAAAAUACUAAAGUAUUAGAUUAGUUAAUUGAUCUAUCCCCCGCCACCAAUUCUCUGAUUAUUGUGUAUGUUAAUGCUCACUGCCAAGCUAUGUAACCUUAUGCUGAAGGGGACCGAUCCAUGCCUUGUACUCUACAGCAGCGACGGGCAGCCGGAUGUUCAGCUGUAGCGCUGCACUGGUGAAGUAUUCUGUGCGGAACGCAGGUAGCGCAGCAGGCGUUGCUUACUGCUCAUCUACUGUCUGAAAUGCUUGUUGGUGUAUUGGAAAAUAGUUUUACCUCAUUCAUUUUAUGGAGGAGAGAUGUAAUAUAUUUGCUAUUUUGUAAUUAUAUAUUUUUUAUCUAUGUAGUCUAUUUGUGGUUCUGUAUUUUAUUCCUGCACUGUCUUCAUAGCAGUCAAUGUUUUAUUUUCUAUAAAUGUUAAACAAA